CGCACACUCACACACAGAGAAAAUCCUCUUGCCUGUUGAUUUAUGGAAACAAUUAUGAUUCUGCUGGAGAAUUUCUCAGCUGAGAAAUAGUUUGUAGCUACAGUAGAGAGGCUCAAGUUGCACAAGGCAGACAACAGACAUGGAAUUCUUGUGUAUCCAGCUGUUAUCAACAGAACAAAAGUCUAGUAGCAAACAGUCUCGCAGCAACUGAGUUUAUUACAACCUGUUAUUAUAAGGAUAUACCAACAGAGAGUUAUUUAAGGAGGAAUCCUGUAGUGAUAUCAGCAACUAAAAGAUAAGACUAACAAUCUGGAAAGAUCAACUACUCUUUUAAAUCAAUCUACAAUUCACAGAUAGGAAAAGGUCAAUGACCUAGAAGCGACAAUCAACUCAAGAUUUAAUUUUCAUUAUGUUAUUCAUGAACACCUGGAGCACUACACUAUAAUGCGCAAAUGGAUACUGACAUGGAUCCUGCCAACUUUGCUCUACAGAUCAUGCUUUCACAUUAUCUGUCUAGUGGGCACUAUAUCUUUAGCUUGCAAUGACAUGACUCCAGAGCAAAUGGCUACAAAUGUGAACUGUUCCAGCCCUGAGCGACAUACAAGAAGUUAUGAUUACAUGGAAGGAGGGGAUAUAAGAGUGAGAAGACUCUUCUGUCGAACACAGUGGUAUCUGAGGAUUGAUAAACGAGGCAAAGUCAGAGGGACCCAAGAGAUGAAGAACAAUUACAAUAUCAUGGAAAUCAGGACAGUGGCAGUUGGAAUUGUGGCAAUCAAAGGUGUGGAGAGUGAAUAUUAUCUUGCAAUGAACAAGGAAGGAAAACUUUAUGCAAAGAAAGAAUGCAAUGAAGAUUGCAACUUCAAAGAAUUAAUUCUGGAAAAUCAUUACAACACAUAUGCAUCAGCUAAAUGGACACACAGUGGAGGAGAAAUGUUUGUUGCCUUAAAUCAAAAGGGUUUUCCUGUAAGAGGGAAAAAAACGAAGAAAGAACAAAAAACAGCCCACUUUCUUCCUAUGGCAAUAACCUAAUCAUAUGUGGUAUAUAAGAAACCAGUUCCAGCAGGGAGAUUUCUUAAGUGGACUGUUUUCUUUCUUUUUUCUUUCCUUUUCUUUUUUUAAAAAGUAAUCAAGAAAGGCUGGAAAACUACUGAAAAACUGAUCAAGCUGGACUUGCGCAUUUAUUGUUUAUUUUAAGAGACUGCAUUAAAGAAAGAUUUGAAAAAUAUACACAAAAAUCAGAUUUAGUAACUAAAAGUUGUAAAAAAUUGUAAAACUGGUUGUACAAUCAUGAUGUUAGUAAUAGUAAUGUUUUUUUAAAUUAAUUUACCCUUAAGAGUAUGUUAGAUUUGAUUAUCUGAUGGUUAUUUAAAUAUUCCUAUGUGCUUACAAAAUGGCUGCUAUAAUAAUAAUAAUGCAGAUGAUGUUAUAUAUGUCAGACCUAAAGGCUGCUGGAAUGAUUUGUCAGAUAAUCAAGCCAACACUAACUAUGGAAGAUGAGUAGUAUUUGAAAUGCUUCCUAGUGAAAACAAUAUAAACUGUUUAAACUUAAAUCAUGCAAUCAGAAAUGAAGAAUAUUUUUUAAAAUUCCAUUACUGAAUUUAGUCAAAUGGGUAGCUUUAGAAAAGUAUAGGAUUAGAAAAUGCUUCUACCCAUUAUCAAGAACAAAUUCUUAUUACUGCUUAAGUUGAAAGAGCAGUUCUAAAGGGAUGUUUCUAAAAAUCUUGUAUAUAAAAUAGUAAUAAUGAUGAUAAUACUGUACUUCAUCUCACUUGCCACAAAAUAACAUUUUAUAAUUCAUGAAAGUAAAAUUCAGAAAAUCUUUAAGUCUUUUCUUAAGUAACAUAAUCUAUCUUUUGUAUAAUUCAUAUUUGGGAAUAUGGCUUUUAAUAAUGUUUUUCCCAUGAAUAAUCAUGCUUUCUUCCCCUGUGGUUACAGCAUUAAACUCUAUUUUAAGUUGUAUUUGAA